AUGGAAGGAGAGGAGGCGAAGAAAGAGGAGGUGAAGCUGACCGCUGAGCAACUCCGCGUGGAGGAGAUUAUCCAGUUUGUCAGCAGCGCCUCCUGUGGAGCCACAGCAGUAUUUCUAGGGACCACCCGGGACAACUUUGAGGGCAGGAAGGUGAUUGGUUUAGAGUAUGAGGCUUAUGAGCCCAUGGCCCAGUCACAGUUGGCCACCAUCUGCCGUGACAUCAGAGCCCGCUGGCCAAUCGUAUUGCACAUCUGCAUUCACCACCGGCUGGGGUGGGUCGCCGUUGGUGAGGCCAGCGUCGCCAUAGCAAUCUCUUCCCCCCACCGGGCCGAUGCCCUGGAGGCAGUGGAGUACUGCAUCAAUACUCUGAAAGCUAUUGUGCCCAUCUGGAAGAAGGAGGUGUAUGAGGGGGAGGAGCCUCGCUGGAAAGAGAAUGCCGAAUGUGAUUGGAGCAGCGCUAACAAGGCACACAGCUGAAGCCCCCCCCCCCACGAGGAAAUGAAUGCAGCAGGGUGUCUCCCCGCCUGCUGCCCCAUGUUUGCUGGGAUAGGCCUGGAUAAAGGAUGGAUGGAAUACUGUGGAACUAUGGAUGGACUCCUGUCUGUGGCACCUGACCAAGGCGAUGGGAAAGAAGAGCUGGAGUUGGUCCCUGGGCGCGACACUGCAGCGGCCCACAGCCACCCACUGUUAAAUGCAGAGGAAGUGUUUCAUUGUAUGCCUGCUUGCAAUGACAAAUAAAGAA